UUUUUAUUUUAUUACAUAUCUCAAUGCUUCUUCCAUUUCCUAAUACAUAUUGGAUUAUUUAUGCUGGAACAUCACUGAAAAUUUACUUUUCAGGGAAUAUAUUAUUUCAGUAUAAUAUAUUAUUUUAUGAAAUAUUAUUUCAGGUGAAUAGGCUUAGGUAUUGUGGAUGAAGGUAGGCAAGGCACAUUCCUUAGCCUUUUGACUGAACAGUAUUUGGACCAAUAAAAAAUGAUAACUAUAAAAGAAUAUUUUAAUAAUAAGACCAUCCUAAUAACUGGAGGAGCAGGUUUCUUCGGAAAAGUUUUGACUGAAAAAUUGCUAAGGACAUGUCCAGGUGUGAAAAGAAUUUAUCUCAUCAUAAGACCGAAGCGUGGGAAAACUCCACAGGAAAGAUGGGAUGAAAUCGCAAAAGAUGUGUUGUUUGAGACAGUGUUGAAUGAAACACCUGAUAUAAUGAAUCAAAAAGUUACCGUUUUAGAUGGAGAUAUGUCACUCAAAAACUUAGGACUAAGUCAAGAAAUUAUUAAGGAGCUGCAAAAUACAGUGAAUAUAAUUUUCCAUUCAGCAGCUACAGUCCGAUUCAAUGAUCCUCUUCACAAAGCUUUCCUCUCAAACACGAGAGGAACAUUAGAGAUGUGUAAAUUAGCUACCCAAAUGAAUAAUUUUGAAUGGGUUAGACUAAAGGUGGGAAAUGCUUGUUAUUUUUCUGUGACAAAACUACUUAGCUCGCGCCUCUUGUCCCGGAACUUAAAAAUUAGAAUCUAUAAAACCAUUGUCUUACCUACAGUUCUUUAUGGCUGCGAAACGUGGCCGCUUACAAUAAGGGAUGAGCAACGGCUUAAGAAGGAUGAAUUAACCGGAGACUUUAGACGGUUACACAACGCCGAAUUGCGUGAACUGUAUCCGGGUAAUAUAAUUGAAGUGAUUUCAUCCCGGCGAAUCAAAUGGGCUUUUAAAAUUGUUGGGCUUAGUAACGAGAGAAUUCCUAAAAGGUUAAUAUUUGCUGUACCGAACGGUAAACGUCCGAGGGGUAGACCGAAGCGAAGGUGGGAAGAUUGCAUUAAAGCCGAUCUGAAGGGACUUGGUUUGGAGGGCGAACGAGAGAAUAAGGAAUUAUCAGUUUAUAACUGCUCUUACGGCGAUAUCCUACCAAUCACUUUUAAUGAUAUGCAUGAUCUAGGAGUAGAAACUCAUGAAUAUGGAACCGCAUCUUAG